AUGGCCGAGGCGGAGAAGAAGGACGUCGACGAGGCUGUGUUCGUCCCGGACGAUGUCAAUGACAUCAUCAAGGAAACCGUCGACGGCGUCCUGCAGAACCAGGACUACGCGCAUCCCCUGGUGGGCCAGUGGACGAACGAUGUGGUGGCGCAGUGCGUCAGACGGCUCACCGCGCUGGGGAAGCCGUUCAAGUACGUCGUGACGUGCGUCAUCAUGCAGCGCACCGGCGCCGGCUUGCACACCGCCAGCAGCUGCUACUGGGACACGGAGACGGACGGGAGCAGGACGGUGCGGUGGGAGAACAAGACGAUGUACUGCAUAGUGUCCGUGUUCGGGCUCGCGAUAUAA